AUGGAAGCAAAUAAAGACGCUGCUUUACAUUAUUUAGAACUUGCUGAAAAAGCAAUUCUUGUAAAUGAUCAUAGUCGAGCUAUACGAUUUAUAAAUAAAUCGAAAGAUCUUUUUCCAACAGAGAAAGCAGAAGAUCUUCUCAAACGAAUAAAAGAUGCCACUUCUCAUUCAACAAAUCAGAAUAAAACUCAUGAAUCGACUACAUCAUCUUCACAGCAUGACCAUACAACAACAAACGGAACUUCGUCACAUACCAGACAUAGAACAACAUCAACAUCUACUAAUGAUUAUACCUCUGAAGAAGUUGAAGCUGUACGGAAAAUCAAAACAUGUAAAAAUUUAUAUGAAAUUCUUGGUGUUAGUAAAACAGCAUCUGAAGCUGAUUUAAAAAAAGCUUACAGAAAAUUAGCUCUUCAAUUCCAUCCAGAUAAAUGUAAAGCACCGGGUGCUACUGAAGCUUUUAAAGCAAUUGGUAAAGCCUUUUCAAUAUUAAAUGAUCCAAAAAAACGCGAAGAUUAUGAUCGAUAUGGCCAAGCAAUGGAACCACAAUAUCAUCGGGGUAGUACUGGUGGUCAACGUUGUGGACAGAAUUAUUAUACUGACGAAGAUGAUGAUUUUUCAGCUGAAGAAAUAUUUAAUAUUUUCUUUGGUCAUUCCGGCGUAUCAAAUCGUACACGUCGACGUCGUCAACAUCCAAAUACAUUUCAUUUUACAACUAAUUCACCACAAAAUACAAUGCAUACAUUAACUCAAUUAUUACCUUAUCUAUUUUUAUUUCUUAUUUCAAUUAUUGGAACAUUUUUAGUAAGCGAACCGCAAUUUCAAUUACAUCGUACAGGAAAAUAUACAAAUUUACGUUCAACACGAAUAUCAAAUAUUCAGUAUUAUGUUAAACCAGAUUUUCGUGCACCAAAUACACAUGCUGAAUUAGAUAGAUUUGAAUCAUCUGUUAUUGAUGAAUAUAUAACUGAUUUACAACAUCAAUGUUAUCGUGAACAACAACAUAAAGAAUCAAUGUUAUGGCGAGCAAGAAUGAUGAAUGAUAAUAGUUUAUAUCAUCAAGCGCAACAAUUAACAACACCAUCAUGUACAAAAUUAAAUAACUUUGCACGUGGUGGUUAA